AUGGAAGAUCAGGCUAACCGGAAAGUGCCCCCAGACAGACCGUCCGACGCCCUGGUAUGUGGAAGUAAGAAGAAGACAAAACAGACUGCACAACUCCAACCUAUCCUGGACACCCACAUGGACGAAACCCAGGCGACUAAGGAGGAGGAAAUGAUGAAAGAACCAGAAGUGCAGGAACAGAUACAGAAAGAUAAAAUGGAGACACCUGGUCGCCAGCCACCCUCCUAUCGGGACUCCCUGUUGGGAUUCAAUGGAGUUGCAAAUGGAAGCUGUGGUAUGGAGGAGGAUGAGCUGUUAUCGGAUGUGCUAAAUACAGAAUGGGAAAUGCCGGAGGAAACAGAGGAAAUCAAUGCGUUGAUGAAACAAUUUCCAACAGUCCCAAUAGAACCCGAGGAAUAUGCAGAAUGGUGUAGGCCUUGGAACUCCGCUCUCAUCAUCACGGUGCUAGGAAGGAAAUACAAUGUCCACUUUCUUAAAAGAUAUCUCGGCCGCUUAUGGAAUGUAGUCGAGUUUGACCUGAUAGACAUACCCAACAACUACUUUGUAGUCAAAUUACCUGAAAAAGAAGGAUGGGCUGAUGUCUAUAAGAAGAUAUUGUAUGAAGGUCCCUGGGUGGUUCAACAACAGAGUGUCCUGGUCCAAAGGUGGUCCCCGAACUUUGAUCCCUUCAACAACCCACUCAGGAAAAUAGCUACUUGGGUUAGGAUCCCGAAUAUUCCACUCCAUUGCUGCAACAAAAAAUUUAUCACCAGAUUAGGAAACAGAAUAGGGAAGACUUUAAGGGUGGACUUGCGUACAUGCACUGAAGCUACAGACAGAAUUUCGAAUGUGGAAAGGGGACGGUUUGCAAGAGUGUGUGUGGAAAUAGACCUUCAAAAGAAGUUAGUUCCAAAGGUUAUUGCAGCAAAUCGCUUGUACCAGGUAGAAUAUGAAGGACUGAACCUGAUUUGCUUUGAGUGUGGAAGGUAUGGUCAUAAGCGAGAAAACUGCUCCUGGACCUAUGCAGAGGGAACGACUGGAGAUGAGCGAUCUAAACACCAUGGAGUCGGCCAUGCACCACCGGCGGGUGCAACUGAAACAAGAGAUAAACAAAGGAGCAACCAGGAGGAAAAGAAGGCGAGGAAGUCGCCGGCCACCGACGAGAUGUUUGGUAGUUGGAUGUUGGUGACUAGACCGGCGAAAGCACGGACAUCGAGGUAUGUUACUGUGAGCGAGACAAGGGAGACUCAGGGGGGAGCCCCAAGAAAUGUCAGAACUAGCAAAUUUGGCGGUCUAAACACUAGAUUUGCGGCUCUGCAAGAUAUGGCGGAGGAAGAGGAAGGGAGUACGGAGGCUAACUCAGCGCAAACAAAAGCAGAACCUUCAGCUUUGAAACUGAGAGCUAUGGGUCAGAGGUAUAUAGCAGAAAAUAGAAGCAACGAGGGGCAGAAGAUGAAAAUGGCGGCACAUGACAGAACUAAGAAAGGAAAAGAGGCUGUAAGGAACAAGGCUAAUCAGAGUGGCCUUGGAAAGGAGAACGCCCAGCCAAGUGGGCCGACAGCAAGGGAAAAAGCCCAAAUGGGAGUAGAUGAAAGAAAUAAAACCAGAGGAGAACAAAAGCCCAGAACAGCGAAAGUAAAUGAAAAGCCCAGAGACAUGGGCCGAAGAAGCCAUAUUGUAGUAGCAGGUGAUAUACACACAAGGACAUGUGCUGGAGGAGGGAUAGAAGGCGAGAAGACAUACAUGAUGAAUAGCAGUAGAUGCGACUCGGACAUGCAGGUAGAUCGAACUGAGGGAGAUAAUUUGAUCAUACAGUUGGGGGAAGUGGACCCAGGAGAAAACGCACUUGCGAUAGUGCCAGUAAGCAAUAUGCAGCAGAAGGGGAUGGGAAACUGGCCAGAAAGCCAAAACCCAACCUGGGAUGAUGACCCAUCAGUAGAGUAA